AUGCCCGGAGAUUCUGGUGGACGGCCGUUACUGCCCCAGACUGCCCAGAUGCAGAGCUUCACUUUUGCCCCGCCGACUCUGGCGCCGCGCGAGAACCAGCGCAAUUACGUCUUUGUGGACGAGCAUAACAGGCACAAGCGCCUGAAAGUCAUGAGAGCCUGCGAAGGCUGCCGGAGGCGCAAGAUCAAGUGCGAUGCCGCGACCACGAAUGCAUGGCCUUGUGCUGCGUGCAUUCGUCUGAAGCUCAACUGUGUACCCCCAACCGUCAGCUAUGAUAAGGACUACAACGUAAACACCCAGACCUACGAACUCGAGGAGAAGCCGCUAGAAUACGCUACUGCGCCUAAUCCGCAGCACAGCUUCCAACGCCCGCCGGUGAUGCCUGGGUCUCAGGGACUGCCACCACACCUGACCAGCACCAUGGCGAGCUCGGUCACUGCACCCUACCAGGACGGGAUGCGCAUGUACCAGAAUCCCCAGUAUGACGAGCAUUCGCCUCAUGAUCACAUCCAGUAUGCGUCUCUGCCGCAGCAACAAGUCGUGCAGCAGAAUCUGAAUUAUGCUCCGCAAAUGUACUCGGAAGCACCACCGGCUGGCCCAACAAUGACUAUGACUCCGCCCGAAUCCGAAGGUCAAUGGAAGCAAGACGCUUCAUCCAACCUAGCUGACGCGCUAGGCGAGCUCAAGAUUGACCACACGGCAGUUGCCCCUUGGAUCACCAGUCAAAGGAAGAAUCUCGCCGAGACACCUGCCUUGGAAGAGUAUGAGGUCCAAUUACCGCCGUUGACAACAUUGGACAACACUGUGCGGAUACCACCAGAAAUGAUGCCUUCCGAAGAGCAAGCAUUGCACUACUUUGACUAUUAUUUCGACAAUAUUCACCCGUAUUUUCCCGUGGUCAACAAGACAUCGUUCUAUCAGCAGUGGCAGGGAGCACGAGAAUCAUUGUCACCUCUUAUGUUGGAAGCCAUCUUUGCCUGUGCGUCUCUAAUGCUAGGAGAAGACGCCGAAGGCCACAGAUGGUUGGCACUUGCAGCGAAACACGAGGAAAGCUUCAAAGACGUCCCAAGGCUAAGCACAAUGCAAGCUAUGCUCCUCCUGUUGAAGGCGCGUGAAGCGUCUCCCAAGAGAGGCUAUUUUUGGCGCUCAUGGAUGACGGUGGUCAAUCUUGUUGCCAUGGGCAAGGGAUUGGAACUGGAUGAACAUUACGAGAACCACCAGAUCGGAAAGUCAUGCGGUUCCAAUAUCCAUGACUGCAUUACCAAGACUCGUGUAUGGCAUAUGCUGUUCAUACUGGAGGUGAUGGUUGGAGGACCGCAAGGACGGACCAACUUCCAGGUCGAAUUAGAUUCCAUCGAUUUUGAUAUGCCGCGACCCAUACCGGGCUUGGAUCCCUUCGAGCUUCAGAUCUCUCGCCAAUUCACCCAGUACGUUCGGGCUUUGAAAAACGUGCAUUUUACAACUGUAAUGCACGGAAAAUUGAGGAAGAAGACGCCUGAUUGGGCCCUGGAUCCUAUCUUUGUUGGUCACAACGCAGAUUUUCCCAUGUGGUUGAGAGAACUGCCUGAAGACAUGCAGAUCUCUUAUCCGCCCGAUGGCUCCGCUCCAUGGAUUCCGUCUCAUUUCAUCGCUAACAUGCAUUCUUACCACUAUCUGGGUAUCAUCAUGCACAUGCGGCCCCAGCUACACGCCAUAUCAGAUCCAUACGACGGAAUGUGGAAGCAGCAUAUGCUGGCGUGUUAUUCAGCGGCGAAGAACUUGUGCAAACUCCAAGAAGCAAUCUUGAAGACUUACGGUCUUCCCGGUCUGUUGUGCAUGAUCAGAGGCAUCAGCUUCACCGUUUACGCUGUCCUCACUUGCACAAUGUUGCACCUAGUCGCCAUUACUUGUCCAGACCCAGACUUGAACAACGACGCACGCGAAUUCUUCGUUCGCCACAUGCGCAUAUUGGAAGAGUGCGCUCCGGCCUGGCCUAUGCCUGAAAUGCAGCAGCAAGUGAACAACCUCCGGCAGGCAUUCUCCGCAGAUGUGACAAAGCCUUUUGAGCUCAAGCCGACUUUUCCAUUUGGAAGCCCCCAAGUGCAUACACAAUCGAGCCCUCCAAGCAACCCAGGCUCAUUCCGGUCUCGUCUUCCAAGCCAGCAGUCACCACUGGAUCAACCAGGUCAGGUUAACUACCAUGCACACCCCAUCUCUCCACCAAUUUCGGCGUCCGAUCACGACACCACGGCUGACUCUCCCGUAGCUCAGUCCCUGGUCAUGAUGGCGUCUGGACAACGUGCCCCUCAACCGACAACGGGAAUGCAAAUGCAAGAGACCGUUCCGUGGAAUCCGCAACGUAUCUUUGAUCAAUGGAAUGUCGCAUUCGGUACGCCGCCUCCAAGUUCGGCAACACAAUCCUCCCCACCGCUAAGACCGCCCCCCACAGGCACAGGCAACAACUACGAAUUACGAACUCCGCAGGAUGGUACUCAGUCAAAUUACCAAAUGCCUCAUGCAUCUCCACAAGCGAGCGGCCUCUCUAGCGCCCAGUCCCAAAUACCGCCCACGACGACUUUCGCUACUCCUACCGCGACGUAUGUCACGCCGACAAUGUGGCAAGAGGUAGUGGCCAGCUCGUUCCAAGAUGGCUUGAAGCGUCGAUGGGAUCAUGGGCAAGCUCCGAUGAUCGAUCAAUCCAUGUACAAGAGAGCGCGAUGA